AUGUGCGCACCGCACGAGAGCCAGGCGCACGCUUCGCACGGCGCUAGCCUCUUCGUCGCGGAGGUUGGCGAGGCGCUCCGUCGCGCAGGAAGCCUCUCGGCGCGCAUCACCGGCCGGCUCGCUCGCAUCGACCGCACGCUCUGCCGGGCGGCUCUUGUCGACGCGCGAGCAGGUGUGACCAGUGAGGUGGUGGUGGACGUGUCGCAGGUCAUCGGGCAGCUCUUCCACGAUGGCGAGCUGGUGCAGGUCCUCGGGGAGCUCAGCCCGCCGGCUCUUGCGACCGACCCGCCAACGCUCCGGGCGAGGAUCCUCCGCAACGUUGACGGCCUCGAUCUCGAGGCGUUUGAGCGCGCAGUCGCCGGAAAGCACACGUUUAUGGCCGAGCGUGGGCUGGCGUAA